CAGACCAUGCACUGUCAAGCCGAGUUGAGGCUCUCCUCCCCCGGGCAGCUGAAGGCUGCCAGGCGGCGCUACAAGACUUUCAUGAUUGACGAGAUCCUCUCCAAGGAGACUUGUGAUUAUUUUGAGAAACUUUCCCUCUAUUCGGUGUGCCCUUCGCUCAUUGUUCGGCCGAAGCCUCUUCAUUCGUGUUCGGGCUCCUCGUCACUACGUGCCUACCCCCUCCUCUCAGUGAUCACGCGGCAGCCUCCCAACCUGCCCCCCCACCUCCCUCAUUCGUCGUCUCCCGGCGGGGUCCCCUCGCACCUGUCCUUGCUCUCUCCGCAGCAUCCACGAGGCUCCGAGCCUUCGCCCAGCCAGACGCCCCUCAGCAUCAGCAGCGAGUCGGAAACCGAGCGCAGCACGCCCCGCCUGAAGAAGCCACGUCGCAGCCGCACCAUCUUCACCGAGCUGCAGCUGAUGGGCCUGGAGAAGAAGUUCCAGAAGCAGAAGUACCUGUCCACACCAGACAGGUUAGACCUGGCCCAGUCACUUGGUCUCACACAACUUCAGGUGAAGACAUGGUACCAAAACAGGCGUAUGAAGUGGAAGAAAAUGGUGCUCAAAGGAGGUCACGAGGCCCCGACUAAGCCCAAGGGAAGACCCAAGAAGAACUCCAUUCCCACCACAGAGGAAAUAGAGGCUGAGGAGCGAAGAAUGAAGAUGGAGGAAGAGGAGAGGAUGAGGAGGGCGGUCGAGGAGGCAGCGCUGGCUCACGGAGGAGAGGCGUCUCAGCUGGAACCUCAAGAUCUCAGUACAGAAAUUCACAAUCCGGCCAGGGUGAUGGAGGAAUCUGAGCGAGAGCUGCCGCUCCUGAUGCAGUCAGAGACUCACACAGCCAGCUAA